AUGGCAGCGUCGUCCAGAGACACAUGUGGGGCCACGGAGCGCUCUAUCCGCGACCGGGUCCCCCCGCUGCUGACGGACCUGUACCAGUUCACCAUGGCGUACGCGUACUGGCGGGCGGGCCGACACCAGGACCCCGCAGUGUUCGAGCUCUUCUUCAGGGACAACCCGUUCGGCGGCGGCUUCUCGCUGUUCGCCGGACUGCACGACUGCCUGCUGUUCCUGCGCAGCUUUCGCUUCACGGACGACGAUGUGGGGUUCCUGCGCUCCGUCCUGCCCCCCGCCACCGACCCCGCCUUCUUCCAGUUCCUGCGAGGCCUGGACUGCUCCGGCGUCACACUCCGCUCCGUCCCAGAGGGCACGGUGGUGUUUGCAAGGGUGCCUCUGAUGGAGGUGGCGGGUCCGCUCGCUGUGGUCCAGCUGCUGGAGACCAGUUUACUGUGUCUGGUCAACUACGCCAGUCUGGUGUGCAGCAACGCCGCCCGUUUCCGCCUGGCGGCUGGACCCCGGAGGAGGCUGCUGGAGAUGGGCCUCCGCAGGGCUCAGGGACCAGAUGGGGGCCUCACGGCCUCACGGUACACACACAUCGGAGGGUUUGAUCUCACCAGUAACGUUCAGGCUGGUUUCCUGUUCGGGAUCCCCGUCACAGGGACCAUGGCGCACUCGUACGUCACCUCCUUUAACUCCUUGGAGGAGGUCUCGCCUCAGACUCUGGUGGCCCAGAACGGCGAUCCCGAUCCAGUCGACUUCAUUUCGCUGACGAAGGGCUGGCUGAGUCGCGUGUGUGAGCUUCUUGGAGCGGAGUCCGGGAGAGUUCGUGAGGGCGAGUUGGCCGCCUUUCUGUCCUACGCCGUCGCCUACCCUCAGAACUUCCUCCCAGUGAUCGACAGCUACAGCGUUGGCUGCAGUGGUCUGCUGAACUUCUGCGCUGUGGCCUUGGCUCUGUGGGAGCUGGGCUACAGGCCUGUCGGGGUUCGUCUGGACAGCGGGGACCUGUGCAGGCAGUCAGUUGAAGUCCGUCGUGUCCUCAGGCUCUGCAGCGAGCACUUCUCCAUCCCUGCCUUUGAGUCGCUGAUCAUCGUCGGCACCAAUAACAUCUCGGAGGAAAGUAUGCUGGAGCUGAACGAGAAGGCGAAUGAGAUCGAUGCUGUCGGUGUUGGCACACACCUGGUCACCUGCACAAAACAACCCUCCCUGGGCUGCGUCUAUAAGCUGGUGGAGGUGAGGGGGAAGCCCAGGAUGAAGAUCAGCGAGGACCCGGAGAAGAGCACCGUCCCCGGGAGGAAGGACGUCUACAGGCUGGUGGACGCUGAGGGUCAUCCUUUCCUGGACCUGGUGUGUCUCGCUGUGGAGUCUCCCCCACAGGCCGGAGUCUCUCUGAGCUGUUACCCUCUGGGCUGCGAUGACUCCUGCAUCUCCGUCACCCCAGCUCAGGUCACCUGUCUGCGCCAGGAAGUGUUCAUCAAAGGACAGAUCGCUCACCCUCUGUGCAGCGCUGCAGAAACCAGAGCAAAGGUCCAGAGCUCCCUGCAGACUCUGCACCCUCGACACAAGAGGCUGCAGGAGCCACACUCUUACACCGUGGCGCUGUCAGAGAAACUCCACGACUUGGUCACAGAGAUUCAAAAAGGAAGCUCCAACAGCAGCAGAGUUCUCGUGGCCAACUAAAGAAGCCUCCACACAAAGUGCCUUACAGUUAGCCGGUCUGAGCGAACCCUGACGGAGAUAACACCAGCCCCACACACACACACACACACACACACACAGGUCGUAGGUCGCGUCCCGGUGCCUUCAGAGCUGAUGCCUAAAACACUGCUACUUUACAUGGAGUUUAGUGCCUCUGAAGUCCCAGCAGGGACAGACGGAAGCAAAUGAGAACAGAAUGGAAUAGAAUAGAUGGCACUCGGGAAACACAGCCAGUCCUGAUUGUUGUGGGGUACAGCUUUAGCUUACAGCUGUCAUUAAGCUGCACUUUACCCAUAAUGCUCUUUUCACCCGAGACUUCCUGCCACACAGUCUGUGCUGUUCAUGGGGUCUCUGAAGUUAUUACUUAUUAUGAUCCAUUCAUGAAGGUGGUCUUAGAGCGCGCUCAGAUGCUAAAGCCACAUCCGGAGCUGAGCCGUUUUUUCUGGUUUUGAUGGUUUUAAGAGGAGACUGUCAGCUUACACAGAAGGAUAACACCAUCACUGUGGAGCACAGUCACUCACGCUUUCCACUGGCAGAUGAUAAAUAAUCCUGACCUUUGUCCUCUCUCACUCCUUGCUUUUGUUUAAUCUGUGAUCCGAGUGUCAACAGUAUGGCGAAGCGUCGCUGCUAAAAAUCAACACACAAAACUCAAACCUGUUUUAAUACACAAAGUCAAGCCAACAUUGAAUAUUCUGUAAUGUUUUCUGAUUGGUUACAGCAGUAAUGAGAGGAAAACUCCUGUAACCAGAAACCUU